GAGUGGAGCGGCACAAGUGAUUGGGAUAAAGAAAAUACGAGAAACAAAACCUGGGAUUGAAGCGUAAAUUCAUCAACGUCUUCUGUACAAUUAAAGCACGAGCUCUUGUUGUGUGUGUGCGGGGUUACCUCGCCGGAUUGUAGCCGUUAACGGCAGGCUGGAGCUAUUGAUGGACCUUUGAACUGGAGCUUACUGGAAUUUGGAAAAGACGUCACUGACUGGCUGAGCAAAGAUUUUGCUCACCCGCUAUCUCCCUCCCUCUAAAAGCCACACAGCCUCUAUGCUCAUCAACCUGACUGUGUCCAUCAAGGAAUCUCGUGCCUUUCAUGGAACACAGUCUGCUCUUCCCGCCGUUGCCCCUGACACUGUGGAAGUGACAGCCAUGGAGUCGUUUCCGGUGCUGGUCGCCCGUCCAACUCCUCCCCUAGCACCUCCUCCACCUCCUCCUCCUCCGCCCCCACUUCCUCCUGCGUCCUCCUCGCCUUUUAGCCGGGAGGACAGUGCCCGUCGAAGCAGGCUGAGGAAGCUGAACUGGGAGCGCAUCCCCAUAGAGAAGGUCGAGGGGAGGAAGAGUGUGUGGAACGGGGCGGCCCCGGGCGAGGACGAGUUCCCCAUAGACCUGCAUUCUCUGGAUGAGCUGUUUGGUCAGAAGGACAGUAAGCCUCAAGACAGAACGAGCACCCUGAGACGCAGGUCCGCUCUGCUGCACUGCAGAUCAUCCCAGGACAGCUCGGAAGAGAUCUCCCUGUUGGACUCCAAACGCAGUAUGAACAUUGGAAUAUUUCUACGGCAGUUCAAGAUGCCUGCUAAGGAGAUAGUUGAGGAUAUCAGGCACGGUGCUGGGGACCGUUACGGAGCAGAGAUGCUUGCAGAGCUCUGCAAAUUGCUGCCUGACAAUGAGGAGGAGUCCCGCCUGAGGAGGUUCAGUGGGGAGCGGAGCUGGCUUGGAGAGCCUGAUCUUUUCCUGCUGCUGUUGGUGGAAGUCCCCAGUUUUCGGCUGCGUCUGGAUGCCAUGAUUCUGCAACAAGAGUUUGACCCUGCUGUGACCUCUCUGUGUGUGGCAGCCAGAUGUCUGAGGGAGGCGGCCAGAGAACUGCUGAGCUGUCCUGAAUUACACUCCAUCCUUCGUCUGGUGCUGAAAGCAGGGAACUACAUGAACGCUGGUGGAUAUGCGGGGAACGCCGCUGGUUUCCGGAUUUCAUCGCUGCUCAAACUGGCUGACACCAAAGCCAACAAGCCAGGCAUGAAUCUGCUGCAUUUUGUAGCAAUGGAAGCUGUGAAAAAGGACCAGAGUUUACUGUCAUUUCCCAGCCAAAUAGGCCAUGUUGGCUCCGCCUCCAGGUUGAGUGAGGAGUCUGUGCUGGAGGACUUAACCAAGUUAAAAAGCAGAGUGGUGGCCCUCAAGGCUAACAUCCAGACUGAGGCGGAGAUCCAACAGCAUACACAACCUUUCCUAGAGGUGGCUGAGGAGCGUCUGAAGGAGGCGGAGGAUGAGGUAGAGGGCAUGAGGAUGUCUAGUCAGGCUCUGGUGGAGUUCUUCUGUGAAGAUGACAGCACCUUUAAACUAGAGGAGGCUUGCAGGGUCUUUCAUUCGUUUUGCCUCCGCUUCCAAAGAGCUGUCCAGGAGAAUGCAGAGCGGGAGUUGAAGGAGCAGAAACGUCUGGAGCGUCAACGUGAGAUCGGGGAAAAGCGUCGCUCUUUGGCUGUUUGUACCGGGCUGGACCUGAGCCAGAGCCUCAGCCUCGCCAGAGAGCCUCAGAGUCCGGAGAACCAAGAUGAGCUGGAGAAACUGCUGGAGAAGAACUUGAGCUACAGUUGGAGUCGACGUAGCCUGAGAAGCUCUGAGUCCCGCAAACACUCCCAUCACCUCCACAGUGACACCCAUCCCCAUAAUUUAGCCACGCUCAAGGGUUUCCCUGAGCUGGGCAGUAGCCCCACGUCCACCAGUUAUCACUCAAACAGCUCCUCUGACCACGAGACCCCCACUGUGCUUUGUAGCUCCCCGGAGACUGACGGCAUGUGUUCCCCCAUUGAACGAGAAUCUGCUCUGGGUAGAGGGAGCAGGUUUAAGCACAGCCGAGCAAGUACCCGGAGCAUGGAAGCAGUUCAGGACUCGCACAUUGCCAUAUUUAGUCCCUCUCAGCAUGGACGUAGCUUCACAGUCAAGCAGCACGGCUCUGAGAGUAUUUCUUAUGUGCUGCAAGGCCAAUCGAAGACAGCAGGUCUUGAAAAAGACGCUGAGGUUUCACAUGAACGCGUGGUUUCGAUGGCCACUGAAUCUUCACCGAGUUCCUGCACAAACUCUGCUGCUAUACCCGCUGAUAAGCCUGCCCUCUGUGUUAAAACACAGAUACCCAAUCACAGGCAUAGGUUUGGCCUGCCAGUGACAGACAAUACUCGCCCUGUUCAAAGUAAAUCUAAUGGCUCUUGUGUUGAGUCCGUGCCUCACUCUCUUCAUACGAGUGGAAUACUUUCUCACAGUGACACCAGGACUAGGUCGUUAAGGUACCAGAGAUCUGAGAGCCAAUCACAAUCAUCUGUAAAUGCUCCAGAGAGGGUGAAGUCACAACCACAGGCGAGAGAUAUGCCCACUGUGACAACAACCGCUAUGGCGCCUUUGCCUGAUUUAACAAAGCAGGCUAAUACAGAAGAGGCGUCAACACCUGUGGAGGAGAACUGGAUGCUCUCCAGUCUACCAGAGUUCAACCAAUCACAGCAGGAGGAGUAUUCCAACUUGCCAACUCCUGAGAGGGAGACGGCGAGGCCUUACUCACGUGUGGGUGAAACACUGGAGUGCCACACUCUGGUGAAAGGCCUCCGAUCCUACGAUGCCUUGUCACCCCCGACCUCCCCACUCCCACGACCCGCACCGAGCCUCUGUUCCAAGUGGAGGAAAGAGAGGGAGGGUGACCUCCGAGCGGGGACAACUCCAGGGUCUCCUACAUCAAAGGAGGAGACUCGAACCGUGAAGAUCCCUGUGCGUAGUGGAAUAGGGGCCAAAAGGGGACUUGUGUCACGUGCGGGGCCUUCCAAUAGCACAGGCAUUCCCAGGGUGCGCUCCAAAACUGACCCUUUAAAUGGAGCCCCAACCCCCUCUAACCAACCCACGCCAAGCCGGCUGUCUAGUCCUCGCAGUGUAUCCAUGCGUUCGUCUCCUAUCCCACGGUCUGUUCAGACUGAAGUGAAACGCAGUAAUAGCACACGGGAGAGCACUGCAAGUGAGACACAUACCCCAGGGAAGCCUACCUUAACCCGCAGGACCUCAAACAGAUCCGUACCAGAGAAGGUCUCAGACGGCACGCAGCCAGCCUUCGUCAGAGGAACUCCUCUCCGCGUGUCAAAACGACUCGCCCCGAACUCUGAGACUCAGGCGCACUACCAACCUCGUACUGCCCACAGCCCGUCCUCUGCCACUGCAAAGACCAUACGCACGGCUGUCAUAUCUGCUGCCCGAGGCAAAACUGCUAAGACAACCAGCACAAGCACCUCUCCUGCUAGCUCUAAAACCCCUCCAGCUUCACGGAUACCCGGCCCCAAAAUGCCUCGAGGUACUGCAGCUCCGCCACAGUGGAGGUGAUGGAAGUGAAUACUGCGCAGCCUUUUUCACACUUUUAAUGCCUUUUGAUGGAUUUCAGUCUAAUAUAAACAGUGUGGGUGUUCAUGAAGAGUGGGAAUGAUAAGUCAGAUGUCUGGUCUUAAGCAGCUCUAGGUUGUCUAAAUUCAACUUUUAUGAAAUGUGUGUGUGUAGUUCUGAGUGCUUAGGUGCUACACAUAUGCAUAUGAGAGGGAGCUGCGCUGCGAGCAUCGGGGACAAUUAAUCUCAUGUGCUUCACCCAAUAGCAGAGUAAAUCCUACCUCUUUUUACACACAUUUGUGUCCUUUGCAGGCAAUAGGACACCACAAGACCACUCAUUUUUAAUAUUUAGAACGGCAGUAAAGCAGUCAGUAAAACACAGCAAAGAGACAUCACUCUGUGCCUAGUCCGUCUAAGUGUGCUUUGAAAACAUUAUGUUUUACUUGGGAAACUGUUUCAAUCUCUCUAGCUUUGAAAAAAGUAGUUUUGUCCGAAAGGUUAUGAAUACUGUGACCCCUCCGCUAAGUGAUUGUUGUGUUCUCACACUUGGCUGUCUUACAGUUCGAACUGAACUCGGUACAAUAUUAAACUGUUUAUCCUCUUGUUGAGAGGCCUCAUUGUUCUGAUGCACUUUACAAACUGAAGAAGAGGCCGCGAGGAGAUGAUUACUGUAAUGUUUGUCAUUUUUAUUUUGUAUCAAAAGAUUCUAUAACUUUAUUGAAUAGCAUUGGUUGUUAUUCACUGUAUUAUGUGGAUUUAUAAAAAAUAAAGACGGUGUUCUGAA